AUGAAUGGAGAGACUUGGAAAGACGGCAACUGCACUAUAGCUGCAUGUGUCAAUGGGGUGGUCUCAAAGAAAGCUUUGUCCUGUUCUGAACCACAACCACAAUCAUGUGCCAAUGGACGUCAACCUGUUGAAGUUUAUGACAAUGAUGGCUGCUGUUUUCAUUAUGAGUGCCCAUGUGUUUGCAAUGUCUGGAGUAAAAAGCACCACUUGACAUUUGAUGGGAAAAGUUUUGAAUUUGAUGGAAACUGCUCUUACUAUCUAGUCAAAGAGAUUAUAUCCAAGUACAAUCUGACCAUCACAGUGACCAAAGAAGACUGUGACAAUUCUGGUUCUGCCAAAUUCUGCUCUCACACUGUCACUGUGGCCUACCAGUCACAUGUAGUAAUACUAAAGCAGUCAAAGAAAUCCGGUUCAGUUCAAAAAGAGGUAUAUGUUAAUGGAAAAGAAGUGUAUCCUUCAUAUCAAAAUGAAGAUCUGGUUAUUACUGGAACAGACAUUGUGGUGAAACUGAAAAUAGCGGCCAUCAAAACAGAAGUUGUUUAUAGAGGAGAAUCGAUUAGUGUGGAGCUGCCACAGUCACUGUUUGGAAGUAACACAGAGGGCCUGUGUGGUACCUGUGAUAACAAACCAAACAAUGACUGCCGCUCUCCGAAUGGCCAAGUGGACUCAUGCUCUGAAACUGCCAACCAGUGGGUGGUCUCAGAUGAGCCAUGUGUGCAGCCCACCCCAAGUCCUCCGACAAUCACACCCUGUCUAACCAAAGCCUGUGAUAUCCUUACUAGCAGUGUUUUUGAGGAGUGUAACACAGUUGUACCCGUGGGACCUUAUCUAGCCUCCUGUGAGGCAGAGGUCUGCGAUGGUGACAAUAAAACCUGCCCCAUUCUCGAGGCUUAUGCAGGGCAGUGCUCUAGUGUUGGGAUCUGCCUCAAUUGGAGAAACCAAACCAAUGGGCUCUGCGAGUACAACUGCCCAAGCAAUAAAGUAUACAAAGCGUGUGGUCCCGAGGUACAGAAGACAUGCGAUGCAAGGUACAAUGAAAGGUUCACAGCGUUUAAUGAUACUGAGGAGGAGGGCUGCUUCUGCUCUAAUGGUACAACUGCGUACAAGUCGGCCCACCCUCAGUGUGUCGACACAUGUGAUGUGUGUGAAGGGCCUGAUGGGAAGCCACGUGCGCCUGGAAACCCAUGGACAAGUGAUUGUAAAACAUGUGAUUGUGACAAAGACUCCCUGAGUAUACAAUGCACACCCGUGCAGUGUGCAGAAGUGGAGCCUGCAAUCUGCUCAGAGCCCGGACAACAGGUCGUCAACAAGACCGUCAACUGCUGCACCAAACAGACUUGUGAGUGCGAUAGAAAUCUCUGCCCCGUGGUGGAGCCCUGUCCUAUUGGCUUCACUACGAAUUAUACAAAUGGUGUCUGCUGUGUGGAGGUCAACUGUGUUCCCAAAGGCGUGUGUGUUUAUGACAUGACAGAAUACCCGCCUGGAGCACUGAUCCCCAUCCCUGGGACAACAGAACCUCCACUACAACCUCCUCCAAGCUCUGCCUUCCCGACCUCCGGCUCUCCGACCAACGGCUUCCCUAGUUCCGGAUCCCCUACCAACGGCUACCCUAGUUCUGGCUCCCCAACCAACGGCUACCCUAGUUCCGGAUCCCCAACCAACGGCUUCCCUAGCUCCGGCUCCCCUACCAACGGCUUCCCUAGUUCCGGCUCCCCAACCAACGGCUACUCUAGCUCCGGCUCCCCUACCAACGGCUCCCCUAGCUCCGGCUCCCCUACCAACGGCUUACCUAGCUCCGGCUCCCCAACCAACGGCUUACCUAGCUCCGGCUACCCUAGUUCCGGCUCCCCAACCAACGGCUACUCUAGCUCCGGCUCCCCGACCAACGGCUUCCCUAGUUCCGGAUCCCCUACCAACGGCUACCCUAGUUCUGGCUCCCCAACCAACGGCUACUCUAGCUCCGGCUCCCCUACCAACGGCUCCCCUACCAACGGCUCCCCUAGCUCCGGCUCCCCAACCAACGGCUUACCUAGCUCUGGCUACCCUAGUUCCGGCUCCCCUACCAAUGGCUACCCUAGCUCUGGCUCCCCUACCAAUGGAUACCCUAGCUCCGGCUCCCCUACCAACGGCUUCCCUAGCUCCGGCUCCCCAACCAACGGCUUACUUAGCUCGGCCUCCCCCACCAACGGCUUACCUAGCUCCGGCUCCCCUACUGGCUCCCCUACCAAUGGCUUCCCUAGUUCCGGUUCCCCUACCGGAUCCCCGACCAACGGCUUACCUAGCUCUGGCUCCCCUACCAACGGCUUCCCUAGCUCUGGCUCCUCUACUGGCUCCCCUACCAAUGGAUUCCCUAGUUCUGGCUCCCCUACCAACGGCUUCCCUAGCUCUGGCUCCCCUACUGGCUCCCCUACCAAUGGAUUCCCUAGUUCUGGCUCCCCAACCAACGGCUACCCUAGUUCCGGAUCCCCAACCAACGGCUUCUCUAGCUCCGGAUCCCCUACCAACGGCUUCCCUAGUUCCGGCUCCCCAACCAACGGCUUACUUAGCUCGGCCUCCCCCACUAACGGCUUACCUAGCUCUGGCUCCCCUACUGGCUCCCCUACCAAUGGCUUCCCUAGUUCCGGUUCCCCUACCGGAUCCCCGACCAACGGCUUCCCUAGCUCUGGCUCCCCUACUGGCUCCCCUACCAAUGGAUUCCCUAGUUCCGGCUCCCCUACCAACGGCUUCCCUAGCUCCGGCUCCCCUAUCAGUUUACCUACCAACGGCUUCCCUAGCUCCGGCUCCCCUAUCAGUUUACCUACCAACGGCUUCCCUAGCUCUGGCUCCCCUACCAAUGGCUUCCUUAGCUCCAGCUCCCCUUUCAGUUUACCUACCAACGGCUUCCUUAGCUCCACCUUCCCUACUAACGGCUACCCUAGCUCCGGCUCCCCUACCGGGUCUCCUACCAACAGCUUCCCUAGCUCCGCCUCCCCUACUCCCAUUGUACCUGGCCCGUGUAUGGAGUGUUACUGCGGCUCAAAUGUCAACCACACAACCUCUUUGAACAUCAUCACGUGCAGACCUAAGGUCUGCAACCACACCUGCGCAGAGGGUUAUACAUACAAAGACAUGCCAGGAAAAUGCUGUGGAAAGUGUGUUCCGACCCACUGCGUUGCUUACAUUGGUAACACCACUAUCACCAUACAGGCUAAUGAGACGUUUGUGUCGCCCGAUGACAAGUGUACUAAGUACACUUGUCGGAAAAAUCCCAAUGGUGAUAAUUAUGAGACUACGAUUAUCUCCAAACAAUGUCCAGAGUUCAACCCUCUCGACUGCGAACCGGGCACAGAGACCACAGAUGCAGAUGGAUGCUGCAAAUCUUGUACCCUCCGCAGUGUGUGCGAGGUGCGCUCCAAGACAAUGUUGAUCAGGUCCCAAGGCUGCAAGAGCAAGAACCCGGUCAACAUGACCUACUGCUUUGGCCACUGCGGCAGCUCCUCCAUGUACUCCGCACAUGCCAACUCCAUGAUGCGGAAAUGCGAGUGUUGUCGGGAGACGGCUGUGGUGAAGAAAGCCGUGUGGCUGGAGUGUGGAGGUGGCGCCAGAGUGGAGCACAGUUACACCAUGCCGACGGCCUGCUCCUGCACCCCCUCCGAGUGUGUCGAGUACGGCAAGAAUUCUUAG